GGAACAUAGGGCUUCAAAUGUGACGUCAUAAAGGGAAUUUGUAUCUCGUUUGUGUGUGUUUUACAUUUAUAUAUGUUUCUCUUAACCGAGCCCUUUGGGAAGCAAAGUUACCACAGUUGGUAUUAAUUUAAAUUUGAAUAGAAAUUUGAUCACCGUUUGCCCAGAGACUUUUUUGGUCAGUCACUUCAGAAAGGUUUGCUUAAAGUUGAUAAAAUUACCUGACACUCAUUUUUCACAGUUCGUUUCCUCUGAUUUACUUUAAGGUAGAAAAUCGGGAGGAAAACUGUUCGCUGAUGGAUUAUACAUACAUACAUAUAUAUGGUUCUCAACUGUCAUUCGCAGAAAUUUAUCAACACCAUUGUAUCCAAAUAUCUACCAUCAUAAGUAUUCUCUUAAGAAACAAGUUAUUUUGAAUAUUAUUAUAUGGGUUUUGUAAUAAUUUGUUCAGUUAACAUGGCCCAGUAGCCUUUUAUUCAUAUAACAAGCAACUUUGGGCAAGCUACAAUUGAAAUGAAUACUUAUUAAAAGAAGGCUAGAUUUUGGUGGUUGAAAAUAAUCUUCAAAUAAAAUUCAAUUAUUUAAAUGGUUGAACUUAAGUGCUCAGUGUUUAUAAACCCUGAAGGAAACAUUUUUGAAUAACAAACCUAAAAUACUCGAUUCCAAGGAUUCGAAGAAGCUUACUUUGGAGGAAAUGCGCUCCAUCAUCAAAAUCUUAGGAAUAUGGUCUAGUAUAUCAAGACAAUUUAAACAGAUCCAGAUCAAUCUCUCAGCGCAGUUGGACUCCACUAGUGCUAAUACUCAUUCUGAGCAGACAGUUAGUGAAAAUUCAAGCGAUCGUUUUGGAGAAGAACUUCAAAGAUCAGAGGCUAACAUUAGGAAUACCUUUGAUUUGAAGUAUUUUGAAUCAGUUUUAUCUUUUGACCAACUGAAUGAAUACAAGUGGGAUAAGUUGGUUGAUUCGUGCAGUUCAGUGCAGCGCAAAAGGCCUAAAAGUGCAUUAAAGAAGUCAAACGAUGAAUCAAUGAAUUCAGAUAAAAUAAACGUAGCAAGUGAAUCAGAGACAAUAUUAUGGCAGCCUGUUUAUACAAUGAAUACAUCCCUAAUGAAAUCUCUAGUUAAUUAUACAUUACAGUCAAUACAAGAUUAUGCCAAACAACUACAGCUUGCAUCUAAUCCAACUGCAUUGAAUCUAAUGAACAGCAGUAAAGAAGGCUUAAAUCGAUGCAAAAACAACUUAAACACUGAAUAUUAUAAUUGUUUGAAUUUACUAUUACAAACACCAGUAUUUGCUACAUCUGUUCAUGGGCCGCUAUUCAAUGCCUCUGACGUAUCUAUAAGUGAAUUUUGGUGUCACAGAGAGAAAAAUAUACUUGAUGAACAGUUUAAUCCUGGUUUGACUGCACAAAAUAGACUGUGUUCAUGGAAUGGAGCUGUGGGAACUGGAGCAGGAUUACCAAUGCUUGGAAUGUAUAUCAGCAGUUCUGUACAGAACUUUAUUGCUUUCACCCUUGAAAUUCUCUUGCCAAUGAUAUUAAAUCUCUUACAAGUUGAUGUCAAUGAGCAGAAGUCAAAAUUACAAUCUGAUGAUGACAGUCAGAAUGCAAAGAAUGAAUUGAACAGCACAGAUGAUAAUGUUGACGCUACUUUGAAUGCAAAUAAACCUGUGGAUGAUAAUUCCAAUGAUGAUAGUCUGCGUAUUUCAAUUCUUUACCUAAUCAAUGUCUUAUUGACUAUUUUAAAUGGACAUGGUAUGAAUAAGUUACCUGAAUGUGGUGACAGCAGUGAUACUGAUACUACUGAUAGUGAAUUUGGCAUCAGCAAUAGUAGUGCUGAAUUUGUUGGUUUAACCGCACAACUAAGUACAAUCACUUUGUCUGUUGACUGGGAUUUCAAUGGGAUCGAAAAGUUGGCAUUCUGCAUUUCAGACUGUUUAAGCCUACGUGCGUUAUGCAGCCUGUUGGCGUCCAUAUUUCAAAAGCAAUACGAAGUUUUGUUUAAAACAUCCAAGUUUAAUGGACAAGAUAAUAUAGCUUCCCAUUUCUUAGGAUGUAUUAAAGAAUACGAUGUAUCGAUACGUUUGUUGAGUGAACAGAUUACUGAUAUCACUUUAGUAUAUUAUUACAAAACGGGUUUCACUAUCGGUGAGGAUUUGAAAUGUGUAAACGAACUGAAAUUAUUACUGCCUAGUCAUUUCACUUUACAGACUGAUCAAGCUGUUAUAGGAAAUUUAAGCAAGCCGAUUCACUUGAUGUGGCUUAUUAUUUCCAAUUUAUGGUCAAUAUUAAUUCACACAUGUCCUGGUGGUUUAGCAAGACAAAUUUUGGCACAUGUUAGUUCAAAGAUUCUUGAGUCUGCAGUACAACAACUUCACAUCGCUAAAACGAAUUCCAACUCCGAUUAUACUUUACAGUUCAGAGAUGAGUUAUCGUUUGUCCUCGGAAUUGCGAAAUUUGUUCUUUAUCGAUGUGCUGAAACAAUUUCAGAAGUACUUGGAUUAAGUAAUCUCUCAGUUGAAAUGAACAGUAUACAUACAGCAGCUUUACUAACUACUCAAAUGUUCAUAUCAUGUUUUGCUCCAAGGGAUUUAUGGAAUAAACUUCACGAAGAAGGAUUUUACAAUCAAAUAGCACAAGAUUCAAGUAGAACAUUCGAUUUCAGUCUUUCGAAUUGGUUGAGAAUCGUGGAUCCACCGGUAUUCACUGAUAUUCCUAUACAUUUAAUGAAAGAACGUCCUCAACAAACAGAAUCUGAAAUCGAACUGAUACUACUAUCAGCAUCAGAACACUUCGAACCACUCAGAAUAAUCAGUCUCUUAACAUCAUGCAAUUACAAAUUAAGUUUAGCGAUUCUUGAAUCGCCUUAUUUGAAUGAACUGAAUAAUUUGUUAACAAGUGGAGAGAAAACUGUUGCACGUCAGCUAUUCAUGGCUAUAUCAAAUAUAUUGGACUCCAUACCAGAGUAUGCGGACUUUUUAGGCAAAGUUGUAGAACUAACAAUCUCAAGAACAGAAACUGAUAAACUGUUCAGUCGGACGAAAUUAAAUUAUGAGGAAUGGCCCUUAUGGUUCGAUGUACUAGUGCAACUGAUGUUUGAGCCUCUUGAAAGAAUAUGGAUCCGUUUCAAAGAGUUGAAGCAUCAGAGAUUAGAAGAGGAUGAAUCUUUUCAAGACUAUAAUUUAUCAGAUAAAUUAAACGAGAAUCCAGAAACUGUCUUCACUAAUUAUACUCCUAGAAGAAGAGCUUACUGGAAUGAUUUAUUCCAUCUGAUCAAAUGCCAUGUGGAUGUCCAGUUGUCGAAUACUCCUGAUAAUAAUAGUAAUGCUAAUGGCAGUAUUUCAGCUAGUUCAGAUAAAUAUCAGUCGAAAAUUACGUCAAAACUGGAGAUUGAACAAGAAAUUAGUAAUUAUUCAAAUUAUUAUCAAAAAGGCGGCUUCACUAAACAGAUAUGGUUUGAACUGGCGCAUGAUAUUAUUCGUUUGCCUGUAAUAAACUGUUCUGCCGGUGUACAGUUAGCACUAGCUAAAAUUAAUGAUAUCGCAAUGGACAAACUAGCUGAGCAUUCACAAGAUAUAAACACUGGCUGUAGUAAUUUAUUCUAUGGACAACAUUUUGCAAUACAUCUGGUGAUAUUAUUUUUAAAUUAUCGCAUAGACAAAGAGAUUAAAAUGAAAUCGUCCAAUGGUGAAUAUGAGAAUCAAGAAAAAUGUGAUGUUGAACGCUUACAAUAUUUAAUAUUGCUGGAAUAUUUAUGCUCCUUGUUAGACUUGAAUGUUGAAAAUGAAGAAAUCUAUGCUUGUAAAAAACGUGUUAAGGCGUUUCUGGACGACCGAAAAUCUGAGGGGAGUGAUUCUGAGCCAGUCGUAACAGGAAAUUCAAGUAAAAUUUUCAAGAAUAUCCAAAAUCUACGAUUUGUGCAACACAAAGCAUUACCAGAUUUAUUCUUUAUGCAUGAAUUUCUACAUGCAAAUAUAACUUGGGUUGGUGAACUGAUUCGUAGUGGAAAAUGUUAUGCAGGUCCAGCAACAACAGCUAUUCCACGCUUCCAACUUGAUGACAAUUCAAAUUCAAAUGUAUGCAUUCAAUUAAUCAACCCUAUCGAAGAAAUCAACUGGGAGGAGAUAUAUUGUACUAAUAUUGGACUUCAAGAAUUAUAA